GCGGGCCGACGGCCAUUUUGUGAAGCGGCGAAGGAGGUGGUGGCUGCGUUGGGCUCCGGGAAGCCGUUCGGGCUGGGGCUGUCGGCCGCGGGGCGGAGGCACUCGCGCGGGGGGUAAUUCGGGGUCUGGGUUCUGGUGCCGCGCAGCUUUCCCCGUCUAAAAGUUGGUUUUAAUUGGUUGCCCACAGGAUUGACUUGGCCUCUACUUCUUGUUAAGAAAAUACAUCUCUUGUUUUAUCAGGUGUGUGUGGUUUCAGCGCAGCAUGGCUGUGGUCAUCCGUUUGCAAGGUCUCCCAAUUGUGGCGGGGACCAUGGACAUUCGCCACUUCUUCUCUGGAUUGACCAUUCCUGAUGGGGGCGUGCAUAUUGUAGGGGGUGAACUGGGUGAGGCUUUCAUCGUUUUUGCCACUGAUGAAGAUGCAAGGCUUGGUAUGAUGCGCACAGGUGGUACAAUUAAAGGGUCAAAAGUAACACUAUUGUUGAGUAGUAAAACGGAAAUGCAGAAUAUGAUUGAACUGAGUCGUAGGCGUUUUGAAACUGCCAACUUAGAUAUACCACCAGCAAAUGCCAGUAGAUCAGGACCACCACCUAGCUCAGGAAUGAGUAGCAGGGUAAACUUGCCCACAACAGUAUCCAACUUUAAUAAUCCUUCACCCAGUGUAGUUACUGCCACCACUUCUGUUCAUGAAAGCAACAAAAACAUACAGACAUUUUCCACAGCCAGCGUAGGAACAGCUCCUCCAAAUAUGGGGGCUUCCUUUGGGAGUCCAACGUUUAGCUCAACCGUUCCAAGCACAGCCUCUCCAAUGAACACAGUCCCGCCGCCACCAAUUCCUCCAAUUCCAGCGAUGCCAUCUCUGCCACCAAUGCCAUCCAUUCCCCCAAUUCCAGUUCCUCCUCCAGUACCUACAUUGCCUCCUGUGCCUCCUGUGCCCCCGAUUCCCCCAGUUCCUUCUGUGCCACCCAUGACCCCACUGCCACCCAUGUCGGGCAUGCCGCCCUUGAAUCCGCCACCUGUGGCACCUCUACCUGCUGGAAUGAAUGGCUCUGGAGCACCUAUUAAUUUGAACAAUAACCUGAAUCCUAUGUUUCUUGGUCCAUUGAAUCCUGUUAACCCUAUCCAGAUGAACUCUCAGAGCAGUGUGAAGCCACUCCCCAUCAACCCUGAUGAUCUGUAUGUCAGUGUGCAUGGAAUGCCCUUUUCUGCAAUGGAAAAUGAUGUCAGAGAUUUUUUCCAUGGGCUCCGUGUUGAUGCAGUGCAUUUGUUGAAAGAUCAUGUAGGUCGAAAUAAUGGGAAUGGAUUGGUUAAGUUUCUCUCCCCUCAAGAUACAUUUGAAGCUUUGAAACGAAACAGAAUGCUGAUGAUUCAACGCUAUGUGGAAGUUAGCCCUGCCACAGAAAGACAGUGGGUAGCUGCUGGAGGCCAUAUCACUUUUAAGCAAAAUAUGGGACCUUCUGGACAAACUCAUCCCCCUCCUCAGACACUUCCCAGGUCAAAAUCGCCCAGUGGGCAGAAAAGAUCAAGGUCAAGAUCACCACAUGAGGCUGGUUUUUGUGUUUACUUGAAAGGGCUACCAUUUGAAGCAGAAAACAAACAUGUCAUUGAUUUUUUUAAAAAGCUGGAUAUUGUGGAAGAUAGUAUUUAUAUAGCUUAUGGACCCAAUGGGAAAGCAACUGGCGAAGGCUUUGUAGAGUUCAGAAAUGAGGCUGACUAUAAGGCUGCUCUGUGUCGUCAUAAACAGUACAUGGGCAAUCGCUUUAUUCAAGUUCAUCCAAUUACUAAGAAAGGUAUGCUAGAAAAGAUAGAUAUGAUUCGAAAAAGACUGCAGAACUUCAGCUAUGACCAGAGGGAAAUGAUACUAAAUCCAGAGGGGGAUGUCAACUCUGCCAAAGUCUGUGCCCACAUAACAAAUAUUCCAUUCAGCAUUACAAAGAUGGAUGUUCUUCAGUUCCUAGAAGGAAUCCCAGUGGAUGAAAAUGCUGUACAUGUUCUUGUUGAUAACAAUGGGCAAGGUCUAGGACAGGCAUUGGUUCAGUUUAAAAAUGAAGAUGAUGCACAUGGCCCACUGCGUGACCCUGGUUCAGCUGUCCAUUUCCUGUGACCAUCUCAUUGACAAGGACAUCGGCUCCAAGUCUGACCCACUCUGCGUCCUUUUACAGGAUGUGGGCGGGGGCAGCUGGGCUGAGCUUGGCCGGACUGAACGAGUGCAGAACUGCUCAAGCCCUGAGUUCUCCAAGACUCUGCAGCUUGAAUACCACUUUGAGACAGUCCAGAAGCUACGCUUUGGAAUCUAUGACAUAGACAACAAGACGCCAGAGCUGAGGGAUGAUGACUUCCUAGGGGGUGCUGAGUGUUCCCUAGGACAGAUUGUGUCCAGCCAGGUACUGACUCUCCCCUUGAUGCUGAAGCCUGGAAAACCUGCUGGGCGGGGGACCAUCACGGUCUCAGCUCAAGAAUUGAAGGACAAUCGUGUAGUAACCAUGGAGGUAGAGGCCAGAAACCUAGAUAAGAAGGACUUCCUGGGAAAAUCGGAUCCAUUUCUGGAGUUCUUCCGCCAGGGUGAUGGGAAAUGGCACCUGGUGUACAGAUCUGAGGUCAUCAAGAACAACCUAAACCCUACAUGGAAGCGUUUCUCAGUCCCCGUUCAGCAUUUCUGUGGUGGGGACCCCAGAACACCCAUCCAGGUGCGAUGCUCCGAUUAUGACAGUGACGGGUCACAUGAUCUCAUCGGUACCUUCCACACCAGCUUGGCCCAGCUGCAGGCAGUCCCGGCUGAGUUUGAAUGCAUCCACCCUGAGAAGCAGCAGAAAAAGAAAAGCUACAAGAACUCUGGAACUAUCUGUGUCAAGAUUUGCCGGGUAGAAACAGAGUACUCCUUUCUGGACUAUGUGAUGGGAGGCUGUCAGAUCAACUUCACUGUGGGUGUGGACUUCACUGGCUCCAAUGGAGACCCCUCCUCACCUGACUCCCUACACUACCUGAGUCCAACAGGGGUCAAUGAGUAUCUGAUGGCACUGUGGAGUGUGGGCAGCGUGGUUCAGGACUAUGACUCAGACAAGCUGUUCCCUGCAUUUGGAUUUGGGGCCCAGGUUCCCCCUGACUGGCAGGUCUCGCAUGAAUUUGCCUUGAAUUUUAACCCCAGUAACCCCUACUGUGCAGGCAUCCAGGGCAUUGUGGAUGCCUACCGCCAAGCCCUGCCCCAAGUUCGCCUCUAUGGCCCCACCAACUUUGCACCCAUCAUCAACCAUGUGGCCAGGUUUGCAGCCCAGGCUGCACAUCAGGGGACUGCCUCGCAAUACUUCGUGCUGUUGCUGCUGACUGAUGGUGCUGUGACCGAUGUGGAAGCCACAUGUGAGGCUGUGGUGCGCGCCUCAAACCUGCCCAUGUCAGUGAUCAUUGUGGGUGUGGGUGGUGCUGACUUUGAGGCUAUGGAGCAUCUGGACGCUGAUGGUGGACCCCUGCAUACACGUUCUGGGCAGGCCGCUGCCCGCGACAUUGUGCAGUUUGUACCCUACCGCCGGUUCCAGAAUGCCCCUCGGGAGGCAUUGGCACAGACCGUGCUUGCAGAAGUGCCCACACAACUGGUCUCAUACUUCAGGGCCCAGGGUUGGGCCCCGCUCAAGCCACUUCCACCCUCAGCCAAGGGUCCUGCACAGGCCCCCCAGGCCUAGGUUCCCUCGGAGGCUGUGGCAAGUCAUCAAUCCUGUGUCCCAGAGGUCCCUCUGGGCCACAGCCCAACCCUUCUCACUCUCCUCAGUGCUAGCACUUUGUAUUUUUUGAUACUUUUAUACUUGUUUCUGCUUUUGCUGCUCUUGAUCCCACCUUUGCUCCUAACAACCCUCAUUCAAUAAAGACCAGUGAAGACUAA